AUGCGAUCACUCCUCUUAACCAGAACAGUGGCAGAAACACACCAUCAUAUCAUAUACAAGUACAGCCAGUUGAAUGUUGAAUUGUUGAUACAACUUACAACGACCUUCUCGCGCCCAAAUUUACGAAAAUUUCUCCCUCGAUCGCCUAGGGCUUUGGGUCUGGAAUGGCGGAAGAAGGUCCGUCGAGUCCAGGCGGCGGGAGCGGGAGCCACGAGAAUGGGGAAGGGGAAGGUGUUACCCCCUGAUGCGAAGAUUGCUAAGGAUGCUAAACAGACUUAUCUCGAGUGCGUUUCUGUGUUCAUCAGCUUUAUCACCAGCGAGGCGAGUGACAAGUGUCGAAAGGACAAGAGGCAAACCCUUAAUGGUGAUGAUCUGAUAUGGGCAAUGAACAGACUAGGGUUUCAAGAUUAUGUUAAUCCACUUAAUGCAUACCUGAAAAAAUACAGACAAGUAACUCAGAUUGAGGUUAGUAAAGUUUUCAACACACAUCAAUUAAUUAUCAUUUGA